UUACGUCGUCUGCUAAAGUCUGCAGGCAAGAGGUUCCGGCCAGGGACAGGGAGUGACAACGUUGACGCUCCUAUUAUUAUUACUACAGCGACUCGAAUUUCCUUAUCUAAAAUGAAGCUGUUUGCGGACAUUAAGCAGUUAGCUCAUCCCUACCACAUCAUAAAUCUCUUAAUGAGUAUAAGUUAUUUGUUGUCAAGAUAUAUGCCAGGCCUAUGUGAGUUGAUAUUCCCAAAGGAGCAGUGCGGCGAGCUGACCAUGUGGGAGUCAGAGGUGUUGUUCUUCAUGCUGGUCAUAAUUAUGUUCAGAACUCGCAAGAGUGGAAGCCGGAACAUGGUUGCCUACAUUUCUGUAUUCAAUAUGUAUGCCAAGGUUUGCAGUGGUCUCUUAUGGUUCACUGCUGACACAAUGUACGGCAUCAUCUACCUCAUAUUGGCCAUCAUUCAUUUCCUGGUUGUUGGAGAGCCUGUAUAUGAGGGUCCAGAGAAAGUAAUAUAUUUCCAAGGUAGAGAACUGGAUGAGGAAUUGGCAAGAGACAAACAUUGUGUUUGGUUCAUCACUUUCUUUACUGCAUGGAGUCCUGCCUGUUCCAGCCUGGCUCCCAUAUUUGCCAAACUUUCUGCUGAGUACACUCUAGAUAACUUCAAGUUUGGCAAAAUUGAUGUUGGACGCUAUCCAGAUGCUGCCAAACAUUAUCAUAUCAAUGAUAGCACUUUCUCUCUCCAACUUCCCACCAUCUCAAUCUUCAGAGAGGGCAAGGAGGUUGAUAGGAGACCUUGCUUAAAUGCACAGUCAAAAUUUCAGAAGUUUUACUUCACAGAGGAUAAUAUAAAGGCAGCACUUGAUAUGAACAACAUUUAUAUGGAAUGCAUUAAGGUUCUAGAAACAAAGAAAGGAAAGAAGGAAGGCCAUGUUAAGUCAGAGUAAUAGAAAUAUUAGUGUGAGUGCAAUCGAGAAAGAAGGAAAUGUGUAAUGCUGGUUAAUGCUUUGAAUAUUUGUGCCAAUUGCACUAGUGAAAGAAGAAAGAGCAUGUGAAGUUGAAAUAAUCAACUUAAUGUAGUAAAGUAUUUGCCAACAGUUGAACUUGGGAAGUAAGUACAGUAAUUAAAGUUGUGAAUCACUGCUGUUUAUUACAUUUGAAUCAACCAGACAUACCCGGUAGAUUUCCUGGUGAUUUAAGAUAGCUAAAUAGUAUUCACUUCUGUGGUAUGUUGUUAGUUCCAACCAAUUGAUAAUUCACUAGAAAAUUUAUAAGUUAUGCCAUCAUCUGGAGUGGCUUGUUACUCCACUUUGCAUGGACAAUUUAGUAUCAAAUUGAGAAUACCUUGUAAUUGAAAAUUGAAGAAAAAUUAAAAAAAGUGAAAUUUUUGAAAAGUAUAAACUACUGAUUGUUGGAUGAUCAUUAUCAUAAGAAAGACUUGGUAUUCAAACUGCCAUGACGAACUAUUCAACUUAUUGUUAAGUGCGAAUGUAGAUCGUGAUCCAAAAUUUUGUUGUUGUUUAGGAGUGAAUCAACAUGUCUACACCAGAUGUAUAUGAAAUUGUGAAGUGUUAAGCCUUUAUGUGUCCAGAAAGUAUUUACUGUACAGGCAAUGGCUACUAAUAAUAAGUGAUAUUAUUUGCUGAUCAACGUUAUUAGAUGAACAAAAAAUAAGGCAUGAUCAUACGAACAAUGGAUAAAUUAGCUUUAAAGUGAAUUCAUAUACUGUAAAUAUCCAAAAGCAGAAAAUAAGAGAAGAAAUUUCAAAGAAAGAACUGCAUGGAAAAGAAAGUGAGGAAUGUGCAAGAAUUCUGUCACUGAAGGUAGCAGUGGAAGAGGUAGGUUGUAGUAGCUCAAGGAAUGUUUCACUGCAUUUUGUUAGGAUAAUGACAGGCUUACUGGACACAUGUGGUUGAAAAGAAAUGCAAACAGAAGUGGAAGAGGGAAUUGGGAAGGAAUCCAAUGGUUAUUAAUUUUUGAAUCUGUUUCCCAAAGUAAUGUAUUUUCAAUUUUAAAAUUCCCUCAAAAUACCUGUACUGUCAGCUGACCUAGCUUGUGUUGGUCACCGACUGUUCAUAUUUAAUCUUAUCCGAUAUUUUAUUUAUAACAUUACUACAGUACCAAGUUGUACCAGAAUUGAAUUUGAAAUAGAGGACUUAACAUGCUUACUACAAUCACAUCUGCAGACUCAUAGACAUUUGGAUGAUGACAGAUAUAUUCUUAACAUAUGUUCUCAGUGAUUUAUCUUGAUGCUAUAUGAUAUAUAUUUACACCAUCUAAUACAGAACAGUGUAAGGAAAAUAUUUAUGCUUUAAAAAUAGAAGUGCUUUGCAUUAAUAAUUUCAAUAUAUUCACUUAUGUACAAGGAUAUUAUGCCAGUUUCUAUUGUCAAGAGUAUAAACUAGCACAAAUACAUUAAUCAUGCUUUGCACAAGUACAGUAUCUUUGUCAUACACAGAAUGAUCCCAACAAAAUCCAGUUUUGCACACACCACCUUUUCAUUCUACUUAUUUAAUGAGCAUUUACAUGUUAUUUCUAUACAUUAAUGCAAGGGUUUUAAUUUUAGUUAUGUUAAUCCAAACAGUUAACAAUUUAUAAAGAUGAUAGUUGUUUGAGAAUGAAGUGACAAACAAAAACUUAAAAGUUUCAAACUGUAUAUAUACUGCACUUAGUGUAUUGUAUACUGUAUAUUUGCACAUAUCAAUGCGAACACUUGUAUACUUAAGGAAAUGUAACACCUCUCUCAAGGUAGGAUCCACUAGGUGAGCUAGAUGCCUGUCAGUUUGAUGUAGGGUCUCAUGAAUUGAGUAAUUUUACCCAACUGAUUUCAUUCCCUGUAUUUUGUAAGAGCAUAAAUACUUUGCUUGGACAUCACGGAAUCACUAGUUUACCUAUCAGCCAAGAGUUGUAAAGCCAGGUAUGAUUGUAUAUACCGUAUAGUAUAUGUAAAAUCUCGUUUUCUUGUACAGAUGUUAUUGUGUAAAAUAAAAGUAUUUGGUCUUUAA